AUGAGCCGGGUCGCCGCGACAGCAGCCCGCUGCACACGUCGCAUCCGCGCCCCGCUGGACCAUCUGAUCAUGCGCCCGUCUGACCCCGACCAAGUGGCAACAGCAAUCCGCACGACCGAUGCCGCCAUUGUGACGUGGUACAUGCCUCUGGAGAGCCUCCAGCACGUUCUCCACCGACGAUACGAGGCGGAGCAGUUUGGCGAGUUACUAGUUUCUCCCCCUCCAGGAGGGGCAGGAGCCGCCGCGUCGUCGUCAUCACCGAAGAGUGGGGAAGAGGCCGCCGCCGAGCCCACUGCUAGUGAGGAGAACAAGCCCGUGCCGCUGGGACUCGUGACGCUUAUAGCAGGGCGGAACUAUCCAGCUCAGCAGACAUGGCUCGAGCGCUGCUUCGACCCCGCCCCACACUCAACGCUCACCCUGCGUGUCUCCGUGAUGGACCGCAUCCACUGGCAGCGCACCGCAUGGAUGGCGAACUCCAUCUGCCGCAGUAUCUGCUGGGGGAGGCUGCCACAGAAGAUCUUUGCUAUCAACCUUGAUUGGAAGAAUGAGGUUUGCAUCGAUGGCAUCUUUGACGCCUCGGAGAACCGCUACACUACGCCGUACGAACUGCGCGUGCCCGGCCUGGACUUCCAUCUGACACUCCAGGAUACCGGGAAAACGCUGUUCGACCCGAACACGCGGGUGGUGGACGGCUUUCUCGACAAUGAGAGUGCGCUGCAUCGUCUCUCACUCGCGCGUGAGGUGAACAUGCAGGGCCUUGGCGGCUCCGUCUACCGGCAGAUGCUUUGGAGCACCCCGUCGCUGCCGAACACCGCCACGGUGCUGCGCUUCAACCCGGGUACGCUGUUCCAGCGCUGCUUCGGCGCAGAUCCGCCGGUUGCAACGCCGGUUUCAGCAUGGCUGGUGCAAGAGGUGGAGAAGACGCUUCUGUACAAGAUGGAAGGUGAGGUGGAGGACGAGAAUGAUCCCAACAGCGCUACGACGUACGGUGACCGCUCACUCACAGAGCGCGUGCAGAAAAAGGCAAUGAACCGCUACAAUGGGUUCCGCGAUGAGGUGCGUGGGAAGGUGUACAGCGAUAUAGACGGUAAGGAGUUGCCGCGGUGA